AUGAGCAUUCCUUCCACCGUCAAAGCCCAAAAGGCGGCUCUCCGACAAACCGUUCUUCAUGCUCGCUCCUUGCUCUCGCCCUUGGAGGUUAAAAGCGGCUCCGAGUCGAUUACUAAAAGAUUCGUUGAGACGCAGAACUUUAGAGAAAGCAAGGCGGUGAGUUGCUUUUUGAGCAUGUCAGGAGAGGUAGAUACGGACGGGAUUGUUCGGGAAGUUUUACGAACUGGGAAAACUUUAUACGUGCCUCGAAUGAAUGGCCGAGUCAUUGACAUGCUGCGAGUGUAUGACCUCAGAGACCUUGAUGCACUUCCAUCGGGAAAGUGGGGUAUCCAGGAACCUGAGCCUGUGAAGGAUGGCGAACCAAGACAGGAUGCCAUGCAAGCUGGGGAUCUUGACUUGAUUGUCAUGCCAGGUGUUGCGUUUGACGACAAACUUGCCCGGUUGGGAUAUGGUCGAGGGUACUAUGAUCGGUUUGUAAACACUUAUGCCGAGAAAUUUGGGGCUGCCCGGACACCUAAACUAUUUGGAGUGGCGUUAGAUGCGCAAAUAGUUGGCACUGGGGAGAUCCCUCUCGAGUCUCACGAUAGGAUCCUUGACGCAGUGAUAACGCCUACUGAUGAUUAUGGUCGAAUCCAAUGA